ACAGUAGGAACUAUAUAUACUGUAUAUAUUUACUAGGUAGAUAUAGCCUGACUGCAUGUCAUGAGUAAUGCUAUUAUUGUUAUAUUAUUAUACCGCAAUUAUAUUACUUUCUCUGCAUGUGUGGUUAGAUGUGUUCUAUGUGUUUAACCUUUCUGUAUACAUACUGGAAUGAACCAAGGAAUUGUAGCCCUACUGCCGUUCUUUAAAAACUAUGUGAUCAUGUUUUUCUUCCAAACUCAUUGUUUUAGCACGCACGCUGACUUCCAUCAGUAAUGAUGAUAUAUAUACAUUGAGUCAUUGGUUUGUAGGGGGAAAGAGUGGGUGAAUAUAAUUAUCUUGGUCUAACUUAUACUGUUUAUUAUACCGCUAUUCGCAGCAAUAUCUUUCUCUGCUCCGAUGGCAACGCUGCCUCGUUCAAAAAUCAUAACACCGCCGCGGCCGCCACGUUUACCAGCCGGAGCCUCAAAUCAUGUCCCUUUGUGGUGAUAAAGAGGACACAGCCUGGUGUGAAGCUACAUUUAUUACGGAAGGAUGCCAGCCGGGACCCGAACACGUCCGAUAUCAUCCAAGAGAAUGUGGCAGCUGAAGGGGGAGAGGCCAAGAAAGAGGCCAAGGGUCAAGACAUUUAGCCACCCCCUGAAGUACAUGGCAGCAUUCAACCUUCUUGGUGAGCUGCAGGAAUGUGCUUCCCAUUGCAGUGCACCAGCUCCAUGUACUGAUUUUGGGUGUGAACUUGAUGGGGCUGGAGGAAACUCGACUCGGCCAUCAAGCCCUCCACAAUAUAACAUGAAAAGUGAAAAUUGCUGCACACAACAGUCUGCCAUCUGCACCGGGAGGCAAGGCAGCUCAAAGCCCAGGCUGUUACAACUCCUGGGCAGUUUUUGCCCAGAGCCAGCAAUUUUUUAGAUCCAAUAGGGAUGGAUUUUUUCUGAGGUCAGGUUCAACAUGCUGCAAGAUGCCAAGAUCUAAGCCUAGUAGAAGAUAUGGGUUACAAGAGAGGAGGUUUGCUCUGGCCUUAUACUAUCAAAGUCCAAAUGCUAAUAGAUUUCUGAGCACAGUAUUUCACUUGCCUUCAGUUUCAACACUUCACUCAUGACUCAGGGGUAUUUCAGU